AAAAGUUGAUUGCAUAUCAACGGGAAUUUCAUGCUUUGAAGGAACGUCUUCGUAUAGCUGAGCAUCGAACUCUGCAACGCUCUUCUGAGCUGAACGCUAUCUUGGAACAGUUCAGGCGUGCAGUAGCAGAAACAAAUGGGAGUAAGAAUUCAAUGAAUAAUUUUUCAGAUGAGACACUGAAAUUGUUAAAAGAGCUAACAAGUAGAAAAUCUCUUCAAGUGCCAAAUAUCUAUUACCAUUUGCCUCAUUUGUUGAAAAAUGAAGGAAGCCUUCAACCUUCUGUGCAGGUUGGCCUUGGAAGGACAGGAGUUUCCAUUGUAAUGGGAAUACCUACAGUGAAAAGAAAAGUCAAGUCUUACCUUACAGAAACUCUCCACUCCCUUAUUGAUAAGCUGUCCCCUGAAGAAAAACUGGAUUGUGUUAUGGUUGUCUUUAUAGGAGAGACUGAUCUUGAUUAUGUUAACAGUGUUGUUGCAAGCCUGGAAAAAGAGUUUUCUACAGAGAUCAAUUCUGGCUUGGUGGAAGUAAUAGCCCCUCCUGCAACUUACUAUCCUGACCUGACAAACUUGAAAGAGACAUUUGGAGACUCAAAAGAGAGAGUGAGAUGGAGAACAAAACAAAACUUGGAUUAUUGUUUUCUUAUGAUGUAUGCCCAGAAAAAGGGGGUUUACUACAUUCAGCUUGAAGAUGACAUCGUUGUCAAGCAGAAUUAUUUCAGCACAAUAAAAAAUUUUGCACUUCAGCUCGCUUCCGAAGAUUGGAUGAUUCUAGAAUUUUCUCAGCUGGGUUUCAUUGGUAAAAUGUUCCAGUCUCCAGAUAUCACUCUUAUUGUAGAGUUCAUAUUUAUGUUUUAUAAGGAGAAACCUAUUGAUUGGCUCCUGGAUCAUAUCCUCUGGGUGAAAGUGUGUAAUCCUGAGAAAGAUGCUAAACAUUGUGACCGACAGAAAUCUAACCUACGGAUACGCUUCAGGCCUUCUCUUUUCCAGCAUGUUGGCCUCCACUCCUCUCUAGCAGGGAAGAUCCAGAAACUCACAGAUAAAGACUUCCUGAAACCAUUAUUGCAUAAAAUCCACGUGAACCCACCUGCAGAGGUUUCGACAUCUUUAAAAGUCUACCAAGGGCAUACGUUGGAAAAAACCUACGUAGGGGAAGAUUUUUUCUGGGCUGUCACGCCAGUUGCUGGGGAUUAUAUUCUAUUUAAAUUUGACAAGCCAGUCAAUGUAGAAAGGUAUUUGUUUCAUAGUGGCAAUCCAGAGCAUCCAGGAGACAUACUUCUAAACACAACUGUGGAAGUUUUGCCUUUUCAGAAUGAAGAGCUGGUAUUAAGCAAAGAAACCAAAGACAAACGCUUAGAGGAUGGUUACUUCAGGAUAGGGAAAUUUGAAAAUGGUGUAGCUGAAGGAACAGUUGACCCCAGCCUAAACCCUAUUUCAUCAUUCCGGCUUUCAGUGAUACAAAAUUCAGCAGUUUGGGCAAUUCUGAAUGAGAUUCAUAUUAAAAAGAUUACAAACUGAUCAUGGAAAUUUGCUUUAGAGGAAAAAGAAAGAAUCCUUGAAAAUUUUUCCUAUACAAUCUGACAUCCUUAGCGAGUCACGAGUUGAAAAUAACUGAGCAUGCACCUUACUCCAAAUUUCUUUCAUUUUCACUUGAACUCUACCUCUUGUGAAAUCUACUGUAGAUGAGAAGAUUGUAUUUACCCCUUCUUAUCUGAUCCAUCCAGAAACUGAUGCUCCACACUGAUAACGUUCGUCUGAGGCCCGAGCUGUCCUCCACUUCAAUGUGACUUUACCAUCUGAUGGUUACAGAACCCUGCUACGCUUAACCUGUACUAUUUUGAUAGUAUAGUAAUAUAGAGAAGUUGUACAUAUUGUUACAUUCCUUGAAGAAGAAAAAAAAUAUAAUUAUUGUUAAAUAUGUUUUAUGAGGGGGUGCUUUCGGAGUUCCAUUUAUUUUCUAUAACAAGAACCCUCUUUUAUAGACUGUCAGGGAUAUAUAUUAAAAAUGUUAGGGAAUAUUUAAUUUAUUAAAAUAAUUUGAAAAGUACAUAUUUUUAUGCAGUAAAAUUUUAAAUUGAUAUAGUUUUUUUUAUGAAUUCUCUAGUUUUAAGUUAUCUUUCUACAUUUUUCUUUGGAGAUGCAAACAUAAAUUAAUACCAUAUUUCAAAUAUACUGCCAUGUUUAAAAAACCCUAGAUUAAGUUUCUAAAUUACAUAGUUUUGUACACAGAAUCUGAAUGAUGUUCAGAGGCAUUAACAGAGUUCUGAAGAGCAUUAUUCUUUGGGGCUAUGAAAUUCCACUAUGUACAGUUUGUAGCCACGUAAAAAGCAUGCUGAAAUGUCUCGUUUCCUAUUAUGUACUAAAUCUGCAGUGAUUUUAGAUUGAAUCCAUUGCAUUUUAGAAGAAUUUUUUCAAUUCCAAACAGUUCUUUCUAAAAAUCUUUGUAGACAUUUCCUAGCCUGGACAAAUUCAUUUUCUGUACUGAAAAAAAAAAAUCAUUCUCCAGCUUUGCUUUGGAGUGACAGAGGUUACCUUUUAUCGAAAGAAUUAAUAGUAAUUAGAUACAUUUGACCUACAGAGGUCUCCUUUUACAAAGUUCUGUUAUUGCAGUGUUUAUUUUAGAUACAUUAGAGUGAGCAAUUACGGGUUUUAUUUAUUUUCUUCCAUUGUUCAAGACCAACAUUUCCGUUUGACUCCUUUUUUCACCAGUGUCAUAACUCGCACUAACUUUUAUUAGGAACUGAAUUUGGCCUCAAGUUAGUACCCGGCCUUUUCGUUUGAAGGGAAACAACAGUGAUCUCAAAUUCGGGCUAAAUCCAGAGCGGGAUUGUUGCAGUACUAAUGCUGCCACUGCUCUUAAGAAUCCUUUUGGUUAGGUGCUUAUGUGUAAGGGAGGACACAGGCACGGGAAGAUUUAAGUUACCCCGUCAGAAAAGGUCGGGAAGAAGAGAGGCAGAAAUUCCUCUCUCUAAUAGGAAUGAAGUGCCUGAUUGACCCUGGAGGGAGGCGCCUACCCUGGCUUGGGGAUUCUCAGCUGUGCUGCGAACCGACCUCCUGGAACGGACACCUCAAAAGCUGGCCCAGUUUUCCCUGUGAAAAAAUCCCCUCCAUUAUCACCAACAUCUUUGUGGUCAGGGCACAGAUGUGCAAAACCUCUUGUAGGAUCCCUGAUCUACAGCGGGGAUCUUGACUUCGUAUCUCCAGUGUGGAAGUUCUACUGAUAGAUUUGGCCUCUUUGUCGUGACACAUUGAUAAGGAGCAGGAGCCUAAACCUGACUCUCCAGCACUGCAAGCUGAAAGCCACCACCACUGGGAUAUAGAGUCAACCUGUCUUGUCUUCUGCCUUGUUGGAAAAUUGUGUCCUAGCUUUGACAGUUCAGCAAAUUCAAGUUUAAGAGCUUAACUACUUCUCCAGACCGUAGUCCUUUUGUUUUAGCUGUGUUGCCUGAGGACACGGGGAAGUCAAGAUUUGUACACAGAGAGAAGACCUUCUGUUUAGACUGGCUGGUGUAAGUUGAAGAGAAGUGGGAAGCUGCCAAGCAGGCCUCCUUUACUUUUGUCUGAUUGCAUAUGGUGGUGUAAAUAAAGUGGUACUUGGAAAGCUCAUCUUGCCCAUAGAGACCGUGGGCAUAAGCUAAGCACUGGCCUCAAAAAUGGAGUUUACUCUUGGAUUUAGGAACAUGGUUGAAUAAGCUCAGAACCCCAUGUGACUCUCUCCUGUUGUGGUGCCACAGCCUGGUUCAUUACAUGUACAAUGCUGUGCCAUCAAAUUAUUGCCGUGCACACGUUAGCUAGCAAAGGUCUAAGAAAGUAUCUUAGUUUUUUUUUUCUUCUCAGCUGUGCCUGUGAACGAAUGAUGCAAGUAAUUUGAACUAUAGCUGUUUAUUACAAUUUAGAUUGCGGAAGUAUGUUAGAUGUUGCAGUUUCUUAACAGAAGUAGUUUUGCUGACGGUGACUUUCAUUUUUUUUCCAUGAGUUCAAAAGUUUACUUAUUAAGCAAGCAGCAUGCUUAUUCUCAGAGCAUCGCUGUUCCCGAGGUUUCACAGUGGUUAAGAUGAAUCAUUGCUAAUAUAUCUAAAUAUACAGAACCCUUACCACCUUGGUUGCAGGACUCUGGUGUUACCGGUAUAUUUAGUUUUCAGAAACAUUGGUAUGAAAUUUAUCAAAGACAACAAAUUAACUAGUGCUUGGUAAAAUAUGUGAGGGUUUUUCUAAAGAUUGUUGCAUUUUUAUUACAUUGUACUAGCAGGAGUUGGAAACACUCUGGGCUGCUUUAAUACUUUAAAUGUUCCUGAGCUUAUAUGCUCUCUAAAUAAAUGUGCCACAUUAACACAAAUUACGUUUUGUAGUUUCAGGUAAAUUCAGACCUGGUGUAAUCAGGCAGAACUGCAAAUUUGCUUGGAAAUUUUGCUGAGAUACAGAAAAAGCAGCAAAAAUAUUUUCUAUCUAAUUCUCUCUGCAGAGAACUAUUUUGGGCUUUCUACCUUUCAAAUUCCAAUCCCCAAGUCAGGCUAACGCAGUGCAAGCCUCCUUUCCUGGAAUUAUGGUGAAAUAAGACUGCUUCAGCUGUUUGGCUCAAGAGUUGUUAGUUCGGGCACUGUUUGUGACUGGGUAUGCUGCAGGCUUGUGUCUUUUACACGUCUCAGCUGUAAGUUACCACAAGAAUUCCUCCCGGUAUCUUAAACCUAUUACCUGAUUUUUGGGAUUUUUUUCCUACAUUUAUUUUAUUUCAAGCCAUUUUUGUUGUGGCCUUAAAAAUCCCCUCUAGGCCACUGGAUCUUAUAGUAAUCAAAUAAUGGAAAGUGUUUCAAAAGAAACUGCAUUGUUCUAUGAUCCUAUUAGCUCCUUCUGAUGCUGUUAAAGCUUCAGAAAAGAGAAACCAAAGGCAUUGCCAGAAACCUUCAUUAUCUGGGCAAAUUAAUUCUUAACUUAUACUGGAUGCCAAAUGGAUCAGCUGAUACGAGCACUGGCUUUCCUGAGCUGAUCAGGAUUGCUCUGGACCAACCAGACUGUCAGUAUAACCUCGCUUUGCUCGUUCGGCGGAUAGUCCUACUGAAAACUCUGUAAAUAAUGUGAACAGGAUGUCAUCCCAAAUUAGCACUUUUUAAUUUUUCUAAUUAAAGAGUGUUUCUAAAGCACUGUAUAAGGCUUUGCGCUUUUGCAGGCAUCUCAACCACUUAUUUGCAUUGAUAGAAAAUAUUCAUGUAGGUAAGUUUGGGUUUUCUUGACUGAAGGAUGGCUUAGAAAGAUUCUAACAGAGGAACAGAUGAUUCAUGGACCAAUAAAAGACUGGACUCUUCUGUUGUAUCGCUGCUUGCUGAGCGCUUUCAAAAGCAGUUUUAAAAUCCCUUGAGUCAGUUUAGAGCAAAGCAAUUCAUACUUUGCCCAUGUGAUUUACGGUUCCUUGAAUGGGCUGGAGUGUGAUUCCUCUUUGGCAAAAUUGAACAACUGUGUAACAUUUUUCCUUCCUUCAUUUUUUUCCCAAGUAUAUUAUCAUUUCAGUAAUCUCUGUUUUUUGUUGGAAAUAUUUGCUCUAGAUUGAAGUAUUGUAGUAAUUUGUAGUUUGCUUCCAAUGGAAAAUAUUAUUUUAGUCUUGUGGGGGAGAAAAAGAAUGAAAUCUCUUCAAACCUUGCUCCCCUGACAUAAAUUAACCCUAGGUUCUGUAGUUGUUCUUACUAGGAAGGAUGUAUUCUGAAAAAGCUAAAGCAAGUAACUGUAGGAGAAAGGGGGGGGAACCCCUUAUGUUUUUAAAUCAUCUUUACAAUCACCAGCAUAAUGCUGAAAGGCUGUUAAACCACUGGUGUUUUCAGGCUAGCAUUGACCACUGACGUAAAAUACACACCCCGCACAGACUGGAGGAAUUGGUCUUUGAAAGCGUCGCUUUUCCGACCUUGGGGGUCUCAAGGGUUUUGCUGCUGUCUGCUGUAAGCAGUGAGCAGCUAGAACGUAAGGUGGCUUAGUGCUGAGACCAAUGAAGCCUUCUUUCAAGGGGACAAACUUUGAUAACUCUAAAGGGAAGGUACAUGGCCCCAAGUCCUUCACCGAUUUCGAUGGUAUCGCAGCAAAGGCACUGAGUAGGAAGUAUUUUUACUGUUGAACCAACGUGGGUGAUGGCUGGUGCUGGGAUUCCUGUUAGGGAGAAGUCGUACAGCUGGGCUGGGCUGCCCGCAGGACGGGAGCUCGUGCUGUUGGGCCUGGCUGGAAUCCUUUGCCUUCUGCGGAUCAGCGGUGCAGGGCUUUCCUUGCUAAUGGGAACGUUGCUCAGUGCCUGCUGAGAGGGGAACACUAUUCUCUUCCAGCCUUAACAGCGGCUGAAACGCACAGUACUGUAAGAUGCACUGCCAGCAUAUUUGGUAUUUUAAGAUAAAUACAGUUUUUCCUUAGAGAUCAAAUUCUAGUAUUGAAAUACUGUAACCAGUUUACUCUUGUGUUGUUUUGGAAGCUGAACCCUAGUGCUCCCGUUUCAUACUGAGCACCCUGCUCUGGAGAGCUGUUGUCUUCAUUUUCCAGAAGGUACCGUUUGUGACGGUCGGUUUAUGCUCCUGCCUUGUGGACUCUGCAGCUGUAGGCGUUGCGGUGAGCCCACCACUCUUGCAGUCCAACUAACCUUGUGCUUCCCUGCCAUGGUCAUCGUCUGUAAGGCCACUCGUCAUGGUGGCUGCAGUAAUACCCACUGGACUGCUAGAGAUUGGGUUUAAAAACUUGCUGCUAUAGUUGGAAACCGGAUAUGGGUCAUGCUAAUUGUGCCUUUCAUCACUUAUUUCUGUGUGCCAGAGUUGUCCGUGUAUAGCUGAAACAGUCAAUAAAAUAAACUUCUUCUCCAGCUCUUUCAUGAAAGGAGGGGACAGUUCUGUAUCUAGAGACAGUUGUUGCUUUACUGCUGCAACACUAUUAAGAUCCCUACUUUCACACAGUCCCAAGGCAAGGUAUUCCAGUAUUAUUCUUAAAUAAAACUGCUUUUCCGUGUCACUUAACACCCUCAUAAUAUAGAGCUUAUGCCCGUACAUGCAAAAUAUCUGCAGUAAGAGUUACG